UUUAAGACCGACGUCGAGACUGGAGGUACUUUCUAGUUCUGUGACAAAAAAACUGGAUUUGGAAUCUUGAUGAUUCGUUCUGCCCAGCGUGUUUCUUAUUUUACUCUUUUUAGCAGAGGUGGACUCACAAUGAGCACAAAUGGCAUCAGGACUGCAGCCACUGAUGGAAAGAAAGUGGCCAUAUUUGACAAAGAUGGAACCCUUCUAUGUAUGAAUGCUAUGCUUGCACCUUGGAUGGUCAAAGUGGCAGAGAGAAUGGAAGCUGCCACAGGACUUGGCAUAAAAGAUGAGAUCUACAAGGAUAUGGGCUUUGAUCCUCGCACCCGUAAAUUUGGAUCAGGUCAUGUCUUGGAGUCUACCAAUGAGGUCUGCAUUAGGUCACUGACUAGUCUUCUUGAAAAGAAAGGCUUUUCAUCCGAAAAAGCUAGGGACGUGUCUGUCCAUUGCUACGAUAAGGAUGGCAGUGCUGCUCUUAUUGGAGAACUCUUACCUUUCGGUGAUGUGCACAGUAUAUUCUCAAGACUGAGAGACAAGGGUUAUUUGAUUGCUGUGAACACAUCCGACAGUCGCAUCAUGACCGAAAAUACCCUGGGACGAUUAGGUGUGUCUGACCUGGUUGACAUGGUUGUGUGUGGGAGCGAUGAAGACGUCAAACCCAAACCUGAUGCUUAUACCGCUCUGAAGAUCUGUUCUAGUCUAGGAGUACAUCCGAAGAAUUCUGUUUUUAUUGGAGACACCAUCACCGAUGCUAUGUGUGGAAAGAACGCGGAAUGUGGCCUUGUUAUAAGUGUCCUUACUGGAGGGAUAGAUAAGUCAAUUUUGGAGAAGAAAGCUGAUGUUGUUGUUGACAGUAUUGAAGAAGCAGCUGAUUUCAUACUCAACCAGGAUUAACGUAUCUUUGUAUGGCUUCUAAGUCAUACAGAUUUGAAGUCAUACAGAUGAGUAAUAUUAUAGUGGUUUUAUGUUUGUGAUUUUAUAUACCAAAGUCUGAUAAUGAUGUGCUCAUACAAAUAUAUUCUUGAUGUAAACUUUUCCAUCAUACAUGCUUCCUAUUGAGAAAUUGGUAUCAAUGUUCUAUUGGAUAACAGGCCUUCAUGUUUGUUAUUUUUAGGACAAGCUCACUUUUAUGAAGGGCACAUUUUAAUCCUACAGCACAAAAAUAUCCAACAAUUGGUGGCUUUUUCAUAUCCAUAUUCCUUUCUCUUUUUCGAAAAAGUUAAUUGUUUCAAAUAGCAUGUAAAGUGUAUCAAGUGCAAUCAUGAUGUUAUUUACAGAACAUUGGUGUCAGUGAUCAAUGAUCCUAGAAAUGUAAGUAUUAUUCAACUGCAUUUUUAUUGUCACUAAAUAAUAAUUUGCCCAUGA